AUCCCGACUCGAGAGAAUUAAGCCGUCCCCCUUCCAGUGUCUAGUGAAUCGCGAACAACAACUGCAUCAAGAUGCACAAAGUGGAUGAAAAUGCGCUGCUUCGGAUGCUAUCUUCGUAUCGUGAUCCUACCGCUACCAAGAAGGACGUAAUGAGCGCGCUGCGUAUUUACCAUGGGCUACAGCAUCGAAUGGAAGAGUAUGUGUUCAACGAUGGGAGCACCAAAAUGCUGCUCAACCUGUACGGGACGAUACCGGUGAAGUACAAGGGCAACACGUACAAUAUUCCCAUCUGCAUCUGGCUCAUGGAUACGCAUCCAAAGAAUGCUCCGAUUUGCUACGUAAAACCCACCUCGGAGAUGCGCAUCAAAGUGUCGGCGUAUGUGGAUUUCAAUGGGAAGAUCUAUUUGCCAUAUUUGCACGAUUGGAAUCCGAAAAAUGCGGAACUACUCGAUUUGAUUCAGAUCAUGAGUGUCACGUUUGGCGAGGUGCCUCCCGUUUACUCUAAAGGACCAGAAACCUAUCAGCAACCUGCAUAUGUACCUCCGACCCCAGCAACUAGCACAUCGUACAUGCCUCCGUAUCCGCAGCAUCAGUUCACGCCGUACCCGGUUGCAGGACCUGCAUAUAAUAGCUAUGGUCAAGCUCAGCCAGGUGCAGCCGGCACUAGCUAUGGGAUGCCGUACGGAAUGCCUUCAUAUCCUCCAGCCCCCGGAACAAUAUCGGGUCCCACUCCGACCCUGAACCAGGGCACGGGAACAAUCACGGAGGAACACAUCCGGGUGUCAUUGAUCAGUGCCGUAGAGGAUAAACUGAAACGUCGCGUGCUGGAAAAGGUUAACCAAUGCCAGGCAGAAUUGCAAACGCUCAAUCGAACCAAGCAAGAGCUGCAUGAAGGUCAGGCCAAGAUCAAAGAUAUUUUAGGGCGGCUCGAACGAGACGAGAAGGAGCUAACGAAGAGCAUCGCCGUGCUGAAGGACAAGGAAAAAGAGGUGGAACGUGCUCUGGAGGCGAUCGAAAAUAUCGAUUCGAUUGAAGUCGACGAAGCGGUUACUACCACUGCCCCGCUAUACAAACAACUGCUUAAUGCCUACGCUGAAGAAGCUGCCAUUGAAGACGCAACCUACUUUAUGGGUGAAGCUCUCCGGAGUGGAGUCAUCGAUUUGGAGGUGUUUUUGAAACAGAUCCGGCAGUUGUCGCGAAAGCAGUUCAUGUUGCGUGCCCUUAUGCAGAAGUGCCGGCAAAAGGCGGGACUGGCUGCGUAAUCAGGCUCGGAGACAAACAUCUCGACGUGUUAAAAGUACACCUUCCGCUUCACACGUCCUAUGCUAUGGGCUUGUUUAAUUUCUGUUAUCUCUUGUGCCUGUUUCCUAUUUGAUUGUGCAUCGUUGCUACAGACCUGUUAAUUUCAUCGCCUGUAGGGAUAUUAAAGUCUCUUCUCAUUUAUACGAUUCUAUAUUGCAUAAAAUAAAGCUGACACACGUAA